CCGCGGCCGCGAUGGACGGAGAGCCGCCCGCGGGCACGGCCGCAGGACUGAUGUAACAUAUUGAACAGCAGCCUUUGUGGAAAAAAUGUCCUACUGUACCAAAGAGAGAGCUUGCUCAGAUUUGGCAAAGCCUCCAGUAAAUGAACCAAGGGAAGCGGAACAGUUUCUAAUGCAGACGCCCCAGGGAAAUCCACUGCUGCUUUCCCACACCCUACAAGAGCUCUUGAGCAAGGACAGUGUGCAGGUGGAGCUUAUACCUGAGAAGAAGGGCCUUUUCCUGAAACAUGUGGAGUAUGAGGUUUCCAGCAAGAGAUUCAAGUGCUCGGUGUACAGAAGAUACAACGACUUUGUGGUGUUCCACGAGAUGCUGCUGCACAAGUUCCCGUACCGCAUGGUGCCUGCACUGCCCCCAAAGAGGGUGCUGGGAGCUGAUCGUGAGUUCAUCGAGUCGAGGAGGAGAGCGCUGAAGCGAUUCAUAAACCUGGUGGCUCGGCACCCCCCCUUCUCAGAAGAUGUGCUCUUGAAACUCUUCCUGUCCUUCAGCGGCUCAGAUGUACAGAAUAAGCUAAGGGAAUUGGUCCAGGGAGUAGGAGAUGAAUUUGUGACUUGCAGAUUAGCUACCCAAGCCAAGGACUUCCUCCCAGCUGACAUUCAGGCCCAGUUUGCUGCCAGCAGGGAGCUGAUCAGAAAUAUUUAUAACAGCUUCUAUAAGCUCCGGGACCGUGCGGAGAGAAUCGCUUCCCGAGCCAUCGACAACGCCUCCGACCUCCUCAUAUUUGGGAAGGAGCUCAGUGCUUUGGGCUCAGACACUACUCCACUUCCUUCCUGGGCUGCUUUGAAUAACAACGCAUGGGGGACUCUCAAACAAGCCUUGAAGGGUCUGUCUGUUGAAUUUGCACUUCUGGCAGAUAAGGCUGUGCAGCAGGGUAAACAGGAAGAGAAUGAUGUGGUGGAGAAGUUGAACCUUUUCCUGGAUUUACUCCAGUCCUAUAAAGACCUGUGUGAAAGGCACGAGAAGGGGGUAUUGCACAAGCACCAGCGAGCCUUGCACAAGUACAGCAUGAUGAAGAAGCAGAUGAUGAGUGCCACUGUGCAGAACAAAGAGCCAGAAUCGGUGGAGCAGCUGGAGUCUCGGAUUGUGGAGCAAGAAAACGCCAUCAUAACCAUGGAGCUGCGGAAUUACUUCUCCCUGUACUGCCUGCACCAGGAGACACAGCUCAUCCACAUCUACCUGCCUCUCACAUCUCACAUUUUGGGGGCCUUUGUCAACUCCCAGAUUCAGGGUCACAAAGAGAUGAGUAAAGUUUGGAAUGAAUUGAAGCCGAAGUUGAGCUGCCUUUUUGUGGGAUCCAGCAGUAUGCCAACUCCACCACUCUCACCUCCAGAGGGAAACUUCUUUUCCAAUUAACGUUCCAAGCAUCCCACACGGAGCAAGAAGGGCAAUCAACGAAGGGGUGGGACCUCUACCUCCAAUGAAUCCUCCAAAACAGCUAUUUUUAUUUUUAUUUUUUUUUUAAUAUUGCUGCUUUGAGCUGCUCUCUGAUUUAGACAGACUGGAUGUGGGGCAGAACAUAAUGGAUAUGGAGACAAUUUUGUAAUUUUGCAAUGCCCUGGGGCAGAGCUGAUGUUCAUUCUCCUGCAGACACUCCUCGUGGGUCGGGACAGGGCCUGGCACAGCGAGUGCUGCAGGGUUUGUUGUUGCUGGGGCCUCUGCAUCUUGUACUAACAGUCCUCCAGUGGUGUUUAUCUGCAGCUGUGCUGACACAUCUCUGCACGUCUCUCAAGUGCUGAGAUGAACAGGAUAGCUGAAGCACUUGCUUGUAGUGGAGAUAAAUUGCUUUUUAUGCCUUGGAGGGCCUGUGUUAGGGACGUGUGUGCAUGAGGAAAGCUGAAAGCCAUCCCCCAUCCUGUUGUAGGUGUCUGGAUUUGAUUUCUUACUGCUAGACCUUAGCACAAAAUGAAUGAAGUGGUUGGAUUUUGUAACCCAGCUGGGCAGGGGUCAGUGCUGCUCUGUGACAGGGAUUUUCCUGAUGGUGCUGGAUGGACUAUUGUCAGUUUGUUUCCCUUCAUGGUUGAAGGGCGCUCUGGGGACUUGCUCAUAUUUUUCAGUUUGGGGCCAAAGACAGCUGGGUUUGGGAACUCAGAGGAGUUUGCCUGGCAUAAAUGAGAAAAUAAUUGACUAAAACAUUCCUUAAUUGUAAAUCCCUUGUACUACAGGAGUGGAACAGCUACAAGGUAGCUUGUUUACUUUUUCUGGAGGUUCUGACCUCCAUCUGGUGAGUAGCUGCUCAGAUCUGUUGGAGAGCUGCUGACCCAAAGGCUGGUGUUUUCCUUGGUGUAAUAUCAGAAGUAUCCUACUGCACCAGCAGGCUGGAACACAGUGCUGAUAAAGUUCAUUAGCAAAAGUUCAGUAUUAUCAGGAUGUUACUGUCAUUCUUCCUGGCUGUGGGUAGCACUGCAGUAUGUUUGUUUGUGAAGGAGAGUAGA